AUGACACAACGCAUGUGGUACGAGGACACACCUGGCCAUUUCGAUUCACUCGAUGGCCGAGAAAACCUUGGACUGGCCUGGCGGCGAUCUCGCACUUCAAACAGUCGUCAAUUUGAACUCAUGGGUCCUCUACAUAUUGAUUUUUUUAAUCAAGAUCAUUUCUUGCUGAACAAUGUGGAAAUGAGAAUUAAACUCAUUCGGAACCGAGAUGCCUUUACUCUCAUGUCUACUGCUGGUACUGAGCGUAUCAAACUUUUAGACGCGACUCUUUACAUUAGAAAAGUAGCCAUUUCCCCUUCGGUCAUGCUGGGUCAUGCCCAAGCUCUUGAAAAGUCGCCUGCCAAAUACCCUGUGAAUCGAGUUGACAUCAAAACAGUCACGAUAACACAAGGGCUGCGCGAUAAAAAUUUGGACAAUCUUUUUAUGAACCAGCUUCCCCAAAGAAUCAUUAUUGGCUUUGUAGACAACCGAGCCUUUAAUGGUGAUUACGCUCGGAAUGGUUUUAAUUUCCAACAUUUUAAUAUCAAUUACCUGAGUCUCAUGGUCGACGGCCACCCCGUCCCCUCCCAGCCCCUUACCCCUGACUUUGGCAACGGCCUGUACAUGGAAAGCUACAACACCCUUUUCUGUGGAACAGGAAUACACUGGAAAGACGAAGGGAACAAUAUCAGCUACUCGGAUUACCCUGGAGGAAACACACUCUUCUGUUUCGAUUUGUCUCCCGACCUUUCGGCCAGCGAGCCCCACUGGAAUCUCCAGAAGCAAGGCACUCUUAGACUGGAACUCAAGUUCUCAGCACCUCUUGCCCAACCAAUAAAUUGCAUUGUGUAUGCUGAAUUCCAAAAUCUGAUUGAGAUUGACAAACAUCGAAACGGGCUCAUCGACAUGAGUGACUCGUUUCUUGUUGAAAUGGAAAAUGCUCACCAAUUUGGCAUGCUCAGUUGCAUGUCCCACCACCCACCUUUCACCGCCUCAGAGGAAGGUCUACAGCAUUUACUGGACUGUGUGCUUGUGGACUUACGAGACACCAUGCGAUGCCUCUUGGUCAGCCUGCCACCUCAUCCAACAAGAGAGUCAGGGGCAACUAUUUUAAAUCUUAUCGACUACCUUUGA